AAGUGCCUCCUGCUUUUCACUGCAAUAGGAUUGCCCCAGCAUAGCAAUUGCGUGAAUAUGGCGUCUGGUUGCUUAGCGCUAGUUCUUUUAAUCUUUAUCUGAUGACAUUUCUUUAAUUAAUUUCAAGUUCGAACAGUUUAAAUUAUCGUCUUCAUAAACAUCAUGUCUGACUCGGAGGAAGAAUGCCAAGACCGACAGCUGAAAAUUGUUAUUAUAGGAGACGGAGCAUCAGGAAAGUCUUCAUUGGCUAUGAGAUUUGCACAAGAGUCUUUUGGAAAACAGUACAAGCAAACAAUAGGGCUGGAUUUUUUUCUGAAAAGAAUAUCUUUGCCAGGAAAUGCAAAUGUUGCACUACAAGUGUGGGAUAUUGGAGGCCAGACAUUAGGAGGAAAGAUGCUGGAUAAAUACAUUUAUGGAGCUCAGGGUGUGCUUCUGGUAUAUGACAUCACAAACUAUCAGAGCUUUGAGAAUCUUGAAGACUGGCACUGCAUGGUAAAGAAGGUUAACGAAGAAUCUGAAACUCAGCCUGUAAUUUCCUUAGUGGGAAAUAAAACGAUGAAGAGACCCUGAGGCUCAGGAUGAAUG